AUGUUGCGAAAAGUUAAAAAAAUAAAACCAAAAACUAAAAGGCACAUUGAAGAUGUGCCGUUUUAUAAGUUCGUGUACAAGGAGGACGAACUGCCGCUGGAUCCUGCCCGGAGCUUCAUCGAGGAGCAGAUAUCGAAAAUCAACGUUGUAAAGCCGGCCUGCUUUAGCAAGGACUACAGCCUGCACCGAAAUCCUCGCGGCGAUGGCCAUGGGUUGCGCGAGCUGCUACUUCCGGAAAAACUUUCAUCCACCGAUAGUCCCGAGUAUCGCGUCUCGGGGCCCUCGUCGUCAUCCCCGUUGGAAAAGAGCCUCCCGGAAGUGACCACCAAGCUGGUCCGCCUGUACAAGGAUCUGCGGUUGAAAAUUUUCCACGACCUGCCGCUCACCCGACCCGUCCUGAUGGGAAAUGAGUUUUUCCGCCGGUACGGACGCGCUAGCCAAGAUGGCCGCCGCAAGCUGCCGGCGUUACGCCACAAGAAGCGCCCGAAAAAGUUCCACUUUGAUGAGUUUGCGUACCGCACCCCGGAAGAGAACGACGAGGCGCUGCUGCGGAUCCAGCGCCAUCUGGACCGAAUGAUUGCGAAAAGUAUCCGCGAGGCGGAAAAGCGCCGCCAGCAGAAGGAGGAACAGGCCCGGCGACCGCAAUUUUGCACGUCGACUUCAUCAUCCUCAUCAAGAAACAAAAACUGUGUCUACACCGCGAAGGUCAAACGAAAGCGGCUCAGUAAUGAGCAAUUCAUUAAGAAGCUCAAGUCUGACGAAAGUUUAAAGCUCAAGUACCUCCAAGCCCUGCUACCCACCCAUCCCGAUGACCAGAAGCAGAAGAUUUUGGAAAAGUACGAGAAACGUUACACCGCGGCCGUAGCCGAUUUCGAUGCGGAAAUGCGCCAGCGCACCCUCAACGUGCUGGACGACCUUGCGGUGGAGAAAAUCGAACACUACCCGUCGCAUUUGAUCAAGAAAAUCCUUCCGAAAAUCGACGACCGAAUAACAUACCUCAAGCAGGCGUACAAGUUCAUCCUGGAGGAGGAAAAGCUUUGGCCGAACAUCCACCCGGAGGUCAUUCUGCUGGAUUACCUCUUCGAUCCGGAACACAACGUGCACCGCGAUCAGGCCGUUUAUCUCGUGAUUCUGCUGAUGGACCUACAGGAGGACUACCGGUAUCACGUCAAACGAUCCUUCCUGCGCUACAUUCUCCGCUCGGAGGACGAACGCAAGCGGCUGCAGCUGGCAGUUGAACCGCCCGAAUUUCCCGUCUGUACCUUGAUCGCUCCCGUGCCCUGGAAGUGCUCGAUCCAGAUCGCCAAGAAUCGACUGGAGGAGGUACUCAUGAUUAACCAUCCGGUCCUGCAAGCCAUCAACAUGCUCUGGCACAAGCUGUACGGCAACCUGCUGGUGGUCGAUCCGGCCAAGUUCUACAGUACGGACAUUCCCAUGCAUGCCGACAAGAUCACCGAAACGAUUCACAACAGCUGCCGAAUCACAAGAGAUAUUUUAGUCAACGACUGGAUGCCACGUGUUGCCGACCUGGUCGAUGUCAUGCGAAAAUAUUGGAGAGACCUGGUUCCACGUAACUCAACGCACGGAGGUCGCGGAACGAUCUUUUUCAACUGUAUUCAUGCGCUGACAUCGUACCACCUGCAAGGACUCAUCAAGAAGAGCCUGGACAACCUGGUGGACACGUUGGAAGUGUACCGCGGGGGUGAUACUGCCGACGGAACCAACGCACCAAAACUGAAAAUGAAACCAUUCAUGACACUGACCGUUACCGUCGUGGGUAAACCGGAUACAGAAAUUGAGAAAAAUACUGAAAAAAGUGACCUUUCACUGUACGAAGCGGACGAUGACGAUCCUAGCUUGUUGACUUCAGAAUCCACUGACGACCCUAUGACGGAAGGCGUUGACGAACGUAGAACCUCGUUCAUCAUGAAGAGUAGCGGAAAGAUCAUCAUCUAUCCGUACAUGGAAGAACUGCCCGACCUGUUCAAAAGCUAUUUGGUAAAAAUACUAAAAGUAGGAUACAAAAUUCCCCGACUGGAGUACUACUUGACACAGGACAAGAAACAGCUUGGCUACCUGCACUACCUGCGGGACGACAACGCCGAUAUGGAAAAAUUGUACGAAAGGGUAAAAAGUAUUGUGAUUGCCAACCAAACUGGCCCGACAAUAUAUUUGUACCCGAUGUAUGAGUACUAUUUUCCCGUAUUGGCCAACAAAAUGAAAGCCAUCACCGAAAGCAUCUUCUCCCAGCGAGACCUCCCUUCACUGGACAUUUUCAAAGACCUGGUGGACAAAUUUACCGAACUACUCCACGGCAUCUACUUCCUGCGUGAUUUUAUCCCACUAAACCUGUUCAUGCUGGACAACAGCCGUCUGAACCGUGUUCUCGAAAAUCUCGUAAAAGAACUGAAGGCAUUUGUCAUCAACUAUUUCAUAACCCUGAACCAGGUCGAGAACCGAAGAAUCUGUGACGAGUUCGAGGACAUGUCCCUGCACGCCGGCGAGCGUCCGAAAGAGACUCCGGAAGUGGUCGCGCUUCAAAAUUAUCUGACGCAGUGCCGCGAAGAGCGCAUGUACCAGCUAAAGACCGAGAUCAAGCAUGUCGCGCAGCGCGUUCUCUUCCUCCUGACCUACGCCAUACUCGACCGUAAUAUGCGAAAUCCCGAAUUGGUCCGAGAUCGUUACACCCUACUGAUGUUGGGCUUUAUUUUUCCAGAGGAAGAUAUCAAUCUGAACUCGCGUCUGUUUCUUUGGCCGCAGGAGCUGGAGAAAGUGCUUGAUCUCAGCGGUGCCCGUCUGGCGGUGGUACGUGAAAAUCUGGAAACGGCAAUACGCGAACGGCGCGUCAAAUUCGAUAUGUAUCUGAGCACGGAAAAGAAAAAAAUGGACCACUUCCGGACGCGCGAGAUUCGCGAAAUGCUCUCGCUGGACGACUUGCGGGAGAAGGUCGAAACUGUGAACGGUUUGAUGUUGAUCCUGGAGAAAUGCAGCAAAGAAGCUAGGGAGAUCAACCAGGACGAAAAUUUGCUCCAGAUCGAAGUGUCCUUCUUCCCGGCGUUGAACGAGAUGAUUGACAAAAUGGCCCCCAUCGAGAAACUCUGGCACACGGCGUACAAGUUUGAUUCCUGCCACGAGGUGUGGUACUUUGGAUCGUUCAAGGAACUGGACGCUUCGGUUAUCAGUUCCGCCGUGGAGGAAAUGUUCAAUUCCAUCACCGUACUGCUGAAAGAACUGGCGGGUAGUCCACAAGCGAAACGGGUUGCCGAGCAAAUCCGCAUGAAGAUCGACAAGUUCAAGGUGUACCUUCCGGUACUGGAAUCCAUCUGUAGACAAGGUCUUUGCGAGCGGCACUGGGCGCAGAUAUCGAGCGAACUCGGCCAGGAAGUGAACCCCGAAGUUCAGCACUCGUUGGGCUUGAUGGUGGACAUCGACAUCAUGAAGAUCCUGAAUCGUCUAGAAGAAAUCUCCAACGCUGCCGGCAAAGAGUACGAACUGAACAUUCAGCUAGUCAACAUGCAGGAAGAAUGGAUGGACGUCAAGUUUGUGUGCGCCUCGUAUCGCGACUCCGACAUGUCUAUUCUAUCGUCGGUUGACGACAUCCAAACCUUACUGGACGAUCACAUUCUCAAAGCACAAGCCAUGCGAGGAUCACCGUACAUUGCUGCCCUGGGAACGAAGGCCACCAACUGGGAAGACAAGCUCAUUUCCAUGCAGGACAUCAUCGAUAGCUGGCUUCAAGUGCAAGCCACGUGGAUGUACCUGGAACCGAUCUUCAGUUCCGAAGACAUUAUGCGACAAAUGCCAACCGAAGGACGACACUUUAAAACCGUAGACAAGCAGUUCCGCAAAGUUAUGCGCCACACACUGUCCGACCCCCACGUCAUCCAGGCCACCGACUAUCCGGACCUGCUGAACGUGUUAAGAAAUGCGUUCAAAGACCUUGAAGACAUCCAGCGUGGUUUGAACCUGUACCUGGAGAAGAAACGGCUGUUCUUUGCCCGAUUCUUCUUCCUCUCGAACGACGAGCUGCUGGAGAUUCUAUCCGAAACGAAAGAUCCGAUGCGCGUGCAGCCUCACAUGAAGAAGUGCUUCGAAGGCAUCCAUUUCUUGCAGUUUGAUGCGCAAAUGGAAAUCACGGCGUUCACGUCAGCCGAAAAGGAACAGAUUCCAUGCACUAGGAAGAUAAAUCCAGCUAUGGCAAAUGGACUCGUUGAGAAGUGGCUCAAGGAGGUCGAAACGGUUAUGUUGGAAAGUGUCAAGGAGCAGAUUUGGCAGUCGUACGACUCGUACUUCAAGGAUGCCCGCAAGGUGUGGGUACUGAACUGGCCCGGUCAGGUCGUCCAAGUAGUGUCCUGCUUGAAAUGGACCGAGGAAGCGGAGGAGGCCAUCAAAGACGCCAAGCUGGAGGAUUACUCCCGCAAGUGUACUGCACAAAUCGGCGAACUGGUCGAGUUGGUCAGAGGAGACCUCAGUACGGGUGCAACGAUCACCAUCGAAGCACUGAUCGUCGUCGAUGUUCACGGCCGCGACAUAAUUGACCUGCUUAUAAGCAAGAAGAUAUCGGACACCGGUGACUUCAACUGGUUCUCGCAACUCCGGUACUACUGGAAGAUCGAUGACGACGACAAGCAGAGCUAUGUUGCGUGCAGCAUGGUCUCGACAGAGCUCAAAUAUGGCAUGGAAUAUCUCGGCAAUACGGGACGACUGGUGACCACACCGUUAACUGAUCGUUGCUUCCGAACUCUGAUGGGCGCGUUCAAGCUUAACCUUGGUGGCGCGCCAGAAGGUCCAGCAGGAACGGGUAAAACCGAAACCUGCAAGGAUCUCGCCAAGGCGGUUGCCAAGAAGUGUGUGGUCUUCAAUUGUUCAGACGGUUUAGACUACAAGGCCCUCGGCAAAUUCUUCAAAGGUCUGGCCCAAUCCGGUUCAUGGGCGUGUUUUGACGAGUUCAACCGCAUUGAGUUGGAAGUGUUGUCGGUGGUUGCACAGCAAAUAUUAACCAUACAGCGAGCCAUCGCUGGCAAAGUAGUCAAGUUCAUCUUUGAGGAAACGACGCUAAAGUUAGACUCCACCUGCAACAUCUUCAUAACCAUGAAUCCCGGAUACGCUGGCCGAACUGAGCUACCAGAUAAUCUGAAGGUCCUGUUCCGAACUGUGGCCAUGAUGGUUCCUGAUUAUGCCAUGAUCGGUGAAAUUACGUUGUAUUCCAAUGGCUUUGACGAUGCUCGAGUGCUAGCCCAAAAGAUCGUACACACCUACAAGCUAUGCUCAGAGCAACUGUCGUCCCAAUCCCACUACGAUUAUGGUAUGCGAGCAGUAAAGUCGGUCCUAACGGCAGCUGGAGCACUCAGACGAUCGCAUCCGGAACUCUCGGAGGCUCAAAUUGUGCUGCGUGCGAUCAUAGAUGUGAACCUCCCCAAGUUCUUGCAACAAGACAUCCCACUGUUUGAAGGAAUCUACAAGGAUCUAUUCCCUGGCGUGGAGCUACCUCCACCUGCUCGCGAAGACAUCGUACGAUUGCUGCUGAUCGAGUUGGUGAAGCGCAAGCUGCAGCCAACUCCCUGGUUCAUUGAGAAGGUCAUGCAGAUCUACGAAAUGCUGCUGGUGCGGCACGGUCUCAUGAUCGUAGGCGAUUCCAUGGGUGGUAAGACAACGGCGUACCAGAUACUAGCGGAAACGCUGAAAGAGCUACGCAAGGAAAAGGGUGUCGCUUCCGACGAGCAGGGCGUUUCGUACCGCAUCAUCAACCCGAAAGCCAUUUCGAUGGGUCAGCUGUACGGAAGCUUCGAUCCGGCGUCGCACGAGUGGACCGACGGAGUCCUGGCCAACACGUUCCGCGAGAUGGUCUACACGGGCAGCCUCGAACGUCAGUGGAUUGUUUUCGAUGGGCCGGUGGACGCGGUUUGGAUCGAGAAUUUGAACACCGUUUUGGAUGACAACAAAAAGCUUUGCCUGAUGUCUGGAGAAAUUAUCCAAAUGACCAAAUUGAUGAACUUGAUGUUUGAGCCGGUAGAUCUUGAACAAGCAUCACCUGCCACUGUGUCUCGAUGCGGUAUGAUCUACAUGGAACCAUCGCAGCUCGGGUGGAUAGCUUUGCAUAAGUCAUACCUGCUCUACCUGGAGGAGAAAAACGUCAGCGAGAUCAACAUAGGAGUUUACGAGCAACUGGCUGAAUGGCUCAUACCGCCCGCACUGGAGUGGCUUAGGACGUUCGGAAGUGUUCUUAAAAUUUCAGAAAUGCACCACUAUUCUAUGUUAUCCAAGUUCUUUUCAAUAUUUCUGUCGCGCACAAACAACUACAACCAGAUAUGGUUCCAGCAAGUAUUCCUGUUCUGUUGGGCUUGGGCUUACUUUUCUGCUGUAACGGUUGAGGCUCGCAAGAUGAUCGAUCCUCUUUUGAGGAAAAUUCUCUACGGAGCUAACGAGGAUCACCCCAAGCCCAAGCACUUCACCCUGAACCGGGGUCAAAUGUACCCGGAGAAAAUGAACUUUCUCGAUUACCGCUUCGACGAACACGAGACCUGGUGGCCGUGGUUAAAGUCGGAGGAACUGUCCCUACCAGAGGCCUGUAUCGUUUCGGAGCUCAUGAUUCCGACCAAGGAAACCGGCUACAUUCUGUAUUGGACGGAAAAGUGUGUUUCCGCCGGUAUGCCCAUUCUUCUGAUAGGUCCUACGGGUACCGGCAAAAGCGCAACCAUCGCAAACUACAUACGCGAGCUGCCGAAGGCAAAGUUCAUCUCCAACAUAAUAAAUUGUUCGGCGCGCAGCACUGCCCAGCAGAUGCAGGACACCAUCAUGUCCAAGCUCGAUCGUCGCCGGAAGGGCGUUUUUGGUCCACCCGUUGGCAAGCAGUGCGUUAACUUCAUCGACGAUGUCGCGAUGCCUGCCCGGGACGAGUACGGAUCGCAACCACCGCUUGAGUUGAUCCGACAGUGGCUGGAUCACAAGACUUGGUCCGACCUACGGGAUACAUCCAAGAUAGAACUGAUCGACCUGCUGUUUGUCGGAGCCAUGGGCCUGAUCGGUGGUAGUAACUGUAUACCGCAACGCCUUUACCGGCACACGUUCGUUGUGUCCGUAGAUUCGUUCGAAGAUUCCACCUUGUCAAGAAUAUUCUCAUCGAUAGGGGAGUGGCACUUUGCUAAAGGAUAUCCCGAAACAGUGUCCCGCUUGUGCAAGAAUCUCAGCCAGGCCGUCAUCUCCGUGUACCGUGGUGCGAUCGAGAACUUUCUUCCAACACCUGCAAAGUCACAUUAUCUGUUUUCACUGCGAGACGUUACCAGAAUCUAUCAGGGAAUCGUGCUGGUGCCUGCGAAGCGACUCCCAGAUCCCGAGAAACUUGUACGCCUGUGGGCUCACGAAACUUAUCGCGUGUUUUACGAUCGCUUGAUAGACGAGCAGGACAAGCAGAUCCUGUUGCGCCUGGUUGAUGAAGCGGCCAACAGUCAGCUCAGAAUGAAGCUUGAAGUGGCUUUCGGCGAUCGCUUGGAGCCUGGUAAACGCGUGACGGAUAAGCACAUGCGUGACUUGCUGUUUGGAAACUACAUGGAACCGGACGCGGUCAGUCGAGUGUACGACGAGGUGGACAAUUGGACAAAACUGGAGAAGAAUAUGAACUUCUAUCUGAGCGAGUACAACUCACGGUCAAAGUCACCGAUGAACCUGGUGCUGUUCCGAUUCGCCAUCGAACAUAUUUCGAGAAUCUCAAGAGUGUUGCAAAUGCCACGCGGACACUUGCUGCUCGUUGGCCUGGGUGGAGCCGGAAGACGCAGUUCGGUUAAACUCGCUGCCAAUAUGGCCGAUGCCGAUGUGUUCCAGGUGGAGGUCAACCGUAGCUACUCGAUCAACGAAUGGCGCGAAGACAUGAAAAAGCUUCUCAUGAAUGCCGGCAACGAAGGAAAGCCAACCGUCUUUUUGUUCAACGACUCGCAGGCUAAAGACGAAGCGUUCGUUGAAGAUAUCAACUCGUUGCUAAACACGGCAGAUAUUCCCAAUCUGUUCCAGUCCGAAGAGAAAGCCGUCAUUCUGGAGCAGAUGCAAACCAUCGUCAGACAAACGAAUAAACCCAUCGACUCUACAGCGUUAUCCCUGUACAAUUUCUUCGUCGAAAGAGUUCGUGAAAACUUGCACAUUGCGCUAGCGUUUUCUCCGAUUGGGGACUCGUUCAAAAAGCGCGUCCGCAUCUAUCCAUCUCUGAUCAACUGCUGUACGAUCGAUUGGUUCACUUCGUGGCCGGACGAUGCGCUGCAGAAAGUCGCGGAAAACUUUAUACGAUCGAUGGAUCUCCAGCAAGACACGCCGCCAUCGGCAGAUCCGUCUUCAACGUCUGUGCAACAAGAAGAAAAGGAACAAACAGACAAACAGACUCGAAAACUGAACCGACUGGAGAAGAAGCUGGUCGAGCUGGUGAUGGUGUUCAAUCGUGGAGUUGUGGAAAACUCGGAACGAUUCUUCCUAGAGCUGGGCAGAAAGAACUAUGUCACGCCAACGUCAUACCUGGAGAUGCUGCGCUCCUUCAACACCCUGUACCGCAAAAAGUACUCGGAGAUCAUUUCACAACGAGACCGCUACACGGUCGGGUUGGAAAAGUUGGACUUUGCUGCCGGCCAGGUGUCGGUAAUGCAGGACCAGUUAAAAGAUUUGCAGCCACAGCUGAAGCAGACUUCCGACGAGACCGAACGCAUCAUGGUGAACAUCGAGCGUGAAACGGCCGACGCGGAAAAGAAGAAGGAAAUCGUCGGAGCGGACGAGACGGCAGCCAACGAGGCGGCCGCUUCGGCCCAGGCCAUCAAGGACGACUGCGAAAGCGAUCUGCAGGAAGCGGUUCCAGCACUUGAAGCAGCACUCAUGGCGCUGGAUACGCUCAAACCGGCCGACAUUACGGUUGUCAAAUCGAUGAAGAAUCCACCGUCCGGAGUGAAACUGGUGCUGGAAGCGGUUUGUGUAAUCAAGGGCAUCAAGCCCGAUCGCAAGACGGAUCCAUCUGGCAAAGUGACGGAAGACUACUGGGGACCAUCGCAAAAGAUGCUGGGAGAUUUGAAAUUUCUCGACAGUCUCAAAACAUUUGACAAGGACAACAUACCGAUACCGGUGAUGAAGAAAAUUCGGGAUGGCUACAUUGCCGAUCGCGAGUUUGUGCCGGAGAAGAUCAAAAACAUUUCGAUGGCCUGUGAGGGCCUGUGUCGAUGGGUACGCGCGAUGGAAAUUUACGAUCGAGUGGCGAAGAUUGUCGCGCCCAAGAAGGUGGCCCUGGCCGGUGCUGAAGCGGAACUCGCAAUGCAGAUGGAGAAGCUCAACGCAAAACGGGCCGAGCUGCAGGAGAUCUUGGACAAGCUGCAAAAGCUGAACGAUUUCUUCGCGGAAAAAUCCCGAGAGAAAAAGCGAUUGGAGGACGAGAUUGACAGUUGCGAAAAGAAACUGAUUCGCGCCGAACAGCUCAUCGGUGGGUUGGGAGGAGAGAAGAAACGCUGGUCCGAGUGCGCCAGUAGCUUGCAUAAGUCGCUCGAGAACGUGAUCGGCGAUGUGCUGCUAGCGGCCGCUUGCGUUGCAUACCUGGGAUGUUUCUCCACGGAGUUCCGGAGUAGCAUCAUCUGCGAAUGGAAUAAAAUAACGCUGGAAAAAGAAAUUCCUUGCUCGGAAAGGUUUUCCCUACAGGCUACGCUGGGCAACGCAAUGGAGACUCGAAGCUGGUGCAAUUGGGGUCUGCCUACGGAUAACUUCUCUGUUGAAAAUGGUAUCAUUGUGAAGCACGCUCGCCGUUGGCCGCUGAUGAUCGAUCCAGAAGGGCAGGCAAACAAGUGGGUCAAGAACAUGGAGAAGGGAAACAACCUGAAGAUCAUCCAACAGAUGGACCCGAACUACAUGCGAACGGUAGAAAAUGCUUUGAUCAAUGGUUAUACGGUGCUGCUGGAGAACGUUGGCGAAAUAAUAGAUUCCGGGUUGAACCCGAUAUUGGAGAAGAACAUAUUCCGGCAGCGUGGGGCAAACUUGAUCAAGUUCGGUGAUGGUUUGAUAGAAUACAAUGAAAAUUUCCGCUUCUACAUAACGACCAACCUGAGAAAUCCCCACUACCUCCCGGAAAUUGCGGUGAUGGUGACGCUGAUGAACUUUAUGAUAACCGAGCAGGGACUCCGAUCGCAGCUGCUCGGAACCGUCAUCAUCCAGGAACGUCCCGACUUGCAAGAGAAGAAAGAAUCCCUCAUCAUCGAGUCCGCCCAGAAUCAGGAAGCUUUGUACAAUGCUGAAGCGAAGAUACUGCAGGUUCUUUCUUCAUCGGAAGGAAACAUUCUGGACGAUGAGAAUGCAAUCAACAUAUUGACCUCCAGCAAACAGCUUUCGGAAGAGAUUCAGGCUAAACAGCUGGUCGCUGUGGCUACGGAAGCGGAAAUUGACGCCGCCCGACAACUCUACAUUCCGGUUGCACGACAUUCAGCAGUUCUCUUCUUCUGCACCACCGAGUUGGCAAACAUCGAUCCGAUGUACCAGUUUAAUCUAACUUGGUUUUUGAACAUCUUCGUGCAGACGAUUAUCAAAACGCCCAAAUCGGAAAGCUUGGACGAGCGGCUCCAGCUGUUGAUUGACUACUUCACCCACGCAAUCUAUAACAACGUCUGCCGAUCGCUGUUCGAGAAAGACAAGCUCAUGUUCUCCUUCGUUCUAUGCUCGGGAAUACUACGCGGAGAGGGCAAAAUCGACGACCAAGAGCUUUCGUUCCUAUUGACCGGUGGAUUAGCGCUAGACAACCCCUAUCCAAAUCCAGCCCCGGAAUGGCUUACCGAUAAAGCAUGGACGGACCUUGUCCGGGCGAGCUCACUCAAGUCACUUGAGAAACUGCGUGACUCCUUCACGGCAAGUUUGGACGAAUGGAAGGAAUUUUACAACCUGAGCGCGCCAGAGCAAGCUCCCCUUCCGAGUCCGUACCACGAGCGUGAAGAUUUGGUGAAGCUCAUCAUACUGAAAUGUUUACGCCCGGAUAAGGUCGUGCCAGCAUUGCAGCAGUUCAUCAUUCAGAAAAUCGGCCAUUCCUACAUCGAACCUCCCCAGUUCAACCUGCGAACUUCGUACGAUGACAGCUCACCGCGAAUCCCUCUGAUUUUCAUGUUGUCGCCAGGUUCCGACCCGAUGGAUAACUUGUUGUUUUUCGCCGGUGACAAGUACAUGGGCGAUGAUUGUCGCGUCAUUUCACUGGGUCAAGGACAAGGGCCCAAGGCAACAAAAACCAUUUUGGAUGCCAUUAGGCUAGGCCAAUGGGUUGUCCUGCAAAACUGUCACGUAGCAGAGUCCUACAUGGACGAACUGGAGAAGUUGGUAAUGGACUCGAGCUUGUACGAGCAGGUACAUCCCAAAUACCGACUUUGGUGCACGUCCUAUCCAAGCAAGAAGUUCCCGGUGUCAAUCCUUCAAAACAGCGUCAAAAUGACCAACGAAGCGCCCAAGGGCAUGAAACUGAACAUGAUCCGAGCGUACCAGUCGGACCCCUUGAACAACACAAACUUCCUGGACGACGCGUUCGAGGGUGACACCGCGCGGGUAUGGACCAGGGGUGUCUUUUCGUUGGUGUUUUUCCACGCGGUUGUCCAAGAGCGCUGCAAGUUUGGUCCGCUUGGCUGGAACAUAGCGUACGAGUUCAACGAGUCUGAUUUGAAGAUCUCUUUGAUGCAGCUGAACCAGUUCCUGCAUCAGUACUCGUACAUUCCGUUCGAAGGGCACAUCUAUCUGACUGGCGAGUGUAACUACGGCGGACGGGUCACGGACGACAAAGAUCGUCGCCUGUUGAUGGCACUGCUAGAUCGAAUUUACAACGAAAGGACCGUCGAUCAGGAAUCGUUCAAGCUGUCCGAGUCGGGCAUUUAUAAGGUGCCGAUCAGUCCUACCCGUAACGAAACCCUGGAGUAUCUGUCGACUUUGCCACUAACAGCUCAUCCGGAAGUGUUUGGUCUGCAUGAGAAUGCUGAUAUUACGAGAAACAUCGAAGAAACUAAUUCGUUACUCAAUCGAGUUUUGCUCACGCAAACUCAACUGCUCGCUGGAAAGUCCACCGGAAGCAAGGACGAACAGGACAUCGAUCCGGUGCUGCUCAUUUGUACUGAAAUCAUGAAAAAGCUCCCAGAUCAGUUCGACAUCGAAUCUACCGCGGAGAAGUUCCCCAUCAUGUACACCAACUCGAUGAACACCGUGUUGCGCCAGGAGCUCAUCCGCUUCAACCGUCUCCUCGGCUUCAUCAAGCAUAGUCUGGUCGACGUACAGCGCGCGAUCCAGGGCCAGAUUAGCAUGAUUCCGGAGCUGGAGCGGGUGUAUCGAGCGAUGAGCAUCGGCCGAGUUCCGCAGGCAUGGCUUUCCAAGAGCUACCCGUCGCUGAAGCCGCUGGGAAGCUACGUGAACGACUUUGUCCAGCGCUUGCAGUUCUUCCAGCGCUGGAUCGACGACGGCGAACCCAAGGUGUACUGGAUGAGCGGGUUCUACUUUACGCAGUCCUUCCUGACCGGGGUCAUGCAGAACCACUCGCGCAACUUCAAAAUGCGCAUCGACGACCUGGUAAUGUCGUUCGAGGUGUCCACCUUCGAGGUGGAGGACAAGACGCACUUGUUUGCGGAAAUUGGCACUUUUGUGAGGGGCCUCUACCUGGAAGGUGCGCGCUGGAACCGCGAGCAGAAGAGUUUGGAUGAGUCACUGCCGCGCGUGCUGUACGACAGUCUGCCGAUCGUCUGCAUGACUCCAACGCCCAAGGAACGCAAGCGGACUCCGCAGUACUACCGGUACGAGUGUCCCAUCUACAAAACGAGCGAACGCCGCGGAGUGCUGUCCACCACCGGCCAUUCGACCAACUUUGUCAUGUUCCUGGACCUGGACAGCGUUCAACCGCCGAAGCACUGGAUUCUUCGGGGAGCUGCCUGUCUCUGCCAACUGGAUGAUUAACUUGAAGGAUUUUUUGUGAUUUUUUUAUAAAGUAACGUUUAGCGAGUUUCGCACACUGAAGCGCACUUGCAAGAUAUUGAAACGAGUGCUGUUAUCAUUCACCGACUUAGUUCCACAGUAAAGACUGCAAUUUUUGUAAAGGUAGAAAUAAAAUUUCUCUUGUGUGUGAUAUGAAG